CUGUCUCGGCCACUGCCAAGGAAGGCCUGUGUCCAGAUGUUUCCAGGCAACUCUAGCCUCUGGAGGCUGCAGGGAGGUCCACAGGCCCUAGAGCCCCCAGCCGGAAACAGAAGUAGCUGCCUCCCACCCCCUGCUCCGCAUGGGACCUGCGUCCCACCUCUGUCUCCCCAGACCUGCCUCCUUGGCAGGCCACCCAGGGACCCCUCUGAGAGGCAAAUUGUCCCGUACCUCUCCCCACCCCCCAACCCUCCAAGACUCCCAUAGGCCCUGAGGGCCGUGCUGGCUUCUCAGCUCCCAUGUGAGUCUUGGUGUGACCUGGGCUCUGACCCCCUUCCUUUCCAGACCUCUCUCCCUUCUUACACUCUCCUUCCUCCACAUCCUCACCAUGGCUAACCCAGCACCUCCUGUGUACCAGGCUCUGGGCCCAACACUAUGUAAAUGGAGAAGAAGCUUUUACGCCUCAUGCCUGCCUGUCAGGUGUGCCCUGUUCCCCGUUCCAUAGCUUACACAUGGGGAAACUGAGGUAUGGUGAGUGCUCACUGAGGGAUGACUCUGUGCCAGGCCCUGCGCUGAGUAUUAAGGUAAAUUCUCUUGGCCUCACAACAGCCCUCUGUCUUGGUGGGAGAGGGGCUGUCCACAGCCCCGGAGCCCGUGAAGAGCAGAACAAGGCAGACUGAUUUCCCCCCAUAUUAGCUCAGGUGUUCAGAUCCAAUUUCAAACUCUCCUGCCCAACUCCAGCCUCUGGACCUUCCUGGCCUUGGCAGAAGCUGUACAUUCUCCUGAUCCUUGUUCUCCAGCCACCCCCCAGGUCUACCCACUCGCCAGGGCCCGGGUCGGGCCGCGUGCUGAGCACUGGCCAUGGAGGCUGUUGCGGAAGAGGCUGGGUGAACGGGACAGUUACACACAGGAUGCGGAAUGCAUAAGGGGGGCUUCUAGGAGGAAGUGGCUGUGAGUUAAGCUCUGAAGGAGGAGUAGGUGUUGGCAGGUGAUGGGAAGGUUUUCUGGGUGGAGGAAACAGCAAGUACCAGUGGCUCUGUGAGAGAGGCGAGUGUAGGGGAGUGCAAGAAGCUCAGAAUGACUAGGAGGGGGCAGGGCCUCAUCCCAGGGUUAAGAUACUGAGGCUGCACUUGGGGCUGAACUGGAGGCCAGGGGCCAAGGGCAAGGGGUGGUGGGCGAUGUUUGGGAUACCGCAGAGCUUCUCUAGGAGGCCAGGGUGACUUGGAGAGGAGGGCCCCAGGCUGGAGCCUCGGACAGUGACCGAGUGACCCCACCAAGCCAGCUCUGGAAAAGGGGAAGCAGCCCCAGGGCUGGGUGGUGUCCCAGCUUCCUCUUUCUCUGAGGCCUCCAGGUUGCACCUCCUGGGGCUCCGCAGCCCUGGUUGGGGCUUCGCUAGCUGGUUUUCUUCCAGGGAAUUUCUGGGUCUGAUUGUUUGGGCAUUUUGGGAGGUGGGGUGGGCCGCCUGUGAGGAAGCCUGUGACCCCCCGCUCCCCUCAAGCCUGUUCUGUGGCGGCCUCCUGCUCCAGACACUGCUGGGGGGAGUGCGCGGUUUGUGGUGAAGGAGAGAGACACCAGGCCAGCCGGUGCUGUGUCAGGGUGGGGAGUGGGGGCGCAGCACAAGUGAGCAAACAUACUUAAUUACAAACCUGGGCCUGAGGGGCAGAGGGAAAGGGAGCGAUGGGGGAGGAAAUCACAAGACACGCGUUGCGCUCCUCACCUCAGGUAAACCUCAUUGCAGCCCUGCCCUGGGAUUAAACGUCCCCAUCUUGCAGAUGAGCAUACUGAGACCCAGCAAGCUGAAGCAGGGGCUCAGGUCCCACAGGGCAUUGGUGGCAGUGGGGACAGGCCCAGGCUGGGAGACUUCAGGAGGAGUGGCCUCUGGGCUUACUUCCUCCUCUGCCCUGGGGCCUUUCGGGUUGGUUCUCUGCAGGGAGCACUGGGCCCCCACUGGACCUGGGAGAGGAAGCUCCCUGCUGUGGGCCUGGGUCUCCCCGCCUGCCUGUGACAGUCUUCUUCCUGGAGCCCCUCUGGAGGCUUUAGAAGGUCACUGACUGCCUGGCCUUAGGACUAGGCAGAGGGGGAGGGAUGGCGACCUCACAGAGUCUCCAAUGGCCCACCCAGCCAAGGGGCUUUGACCUGAACUUGCUUUUCAGUCAAGAUUCCGAGUCUAGGCUUAGAUGCUAGAGUCCUUGCUAGGAAGGAGGUGCAGGGGGAGGCCAGAGCAGCAGAUGUGUGCACAGAGGGGGUUCUGGGUGGCUGGCAUGGGCUGCCUGACUGGACAGGUCCAUCCAGGGUCUCAGUCUGGCCGAGGGGGGGUGGCGGCUGUCAGCAGAGAGACUGGCAGCCAGACUGGAGUAAGUACUAGUUUGGGAUAAUUAGAAGGCACGUAAUUAGAAGGCGUCAGGGCGCUAGGCGGCAAGUGUCUGUGAAUGUACCUGAGUGGGCCCCUCCUGGCUUGGAGUCUGGGCCUUUGGACCCCCAUUUUCCUCCUGGAGGUCUCGAGAUCGCAGCUCCCCAUUUGCCUGGAGGCUGGCGACUCCCAGGGCCUGAGGAUGAAGCCAAGCCCGCCACAUUGGCCCCUGUCCUGCCUUUUUGUGCUGCUUCCUUGGCCUCUGGCCACUCCAGUAUCAACGACCUCUUGGCAGUGCCCACCUGGGAAGGAGCCCCACCUGGACCCGGGGCAGGGCACAUUAUGCAGAUCCUGUCCCCCCGGCACUUUCUCUGCUUUGUGGGGCCCUGGCCCGUGCCAGCCCCAUUCCCGCUGCAGUCCUCGGGGGAGGCUGGAGGCCCAGGCAGGCACAGCGACUCAAGACACUCUAUGUGGAGACUGCCAGCCUGGGUGGGUUGCCACUUUGGGGGUCCCCCAUGUCCCCUGUCAGCCAUGCUCCUGGAUGCCUCUGGGUACUCGUGGCUGCUCUGAGUGGGGACGGCGGGCCCGACGUGGCGUGGAGGUAGCAGCAGGGGACGCCAGCGCUGGGGACACGCGGCAGCCUGGGAAUAGCACCCGGGCAGGUGGCCCUGAGGAGACGGCCGCCCAGUAUGCGGUUAUUGCCAUCGUGCCUGUCUUCUGCCUCAUGGGGCUGCUGGGCAUCCUGGUGUGUAACCUGCUCAAGCGGAAGGGCUACCACUGCACCGCCCACAAGGAGGUUGGGCCUGGCCCUGGAGGUGGAGGCAGCGGGAUCAACCCCGCCUACAGGGCUGAAGAUGCCAACGAGGACACCAUCGGGGUCCUGGUACGCCUGAUCACAGAGAAGAAAGAGAAUGCGGCGGCCCUGGAGGAGCUGCUGAAGGAGUACCACAGCAAACAGCUGGUACAGACCGGCCACGGGCCUGUGCCCAGGCUGCCACUAGGCACCCCCAGUUUGCCACACAUCUGCCCGCAUCGCCACCACCUCCACACCGUGCAGGGCUUGGCCUCACUCUCUGGCCCCUGCUGCUCCCGGUGCAGUCAGAAGAAGUGGCCCGAGGUGCUGCUGUCCCCUGAGGCCGCAGCUGCCGCUACCCCCACUCCCAGACUCCUGCCCAACCCUGCCAGGGCUCCAAAGGCAGGGGCCAAGGCAGGACGCCAGGGCGAGAUCACCAUCUUGUCUGUGGGCAGGUUCCGAGUGGCCCGAAUUCCAGAGCAACGGUCAAGUUCAGCAGCCCCUGAGGUGAAGACUAUCACGGAGGCUGGGCCCUCGGCGAGUGACCUCCCUGAUUCCCCACAACCUGGCCUCCCCACUGAGCAGCGGGCACUGCUGGGAAGUGGUGGAAGCCAUACAAAGUGGCUGAAGCCCCCGGCAGAGAACAAGGCUGAGGAAAACCGCUAUGUGGUCCGGCUAAGUGAGAGCACUCUGGUUAUCUGAUGGCCUGCCUCAGCUGAAGACACAGCAGCCCUGCCCUGGGAGGUUCUGGAGGCCUCCCGGAGGAGGUAGAGAUGCAACUGGGCCUGUGAGGAUCAAGAAGCAAUGGUCCAGCAGACAGAACAGCAAAGGCCAAGGCCUGGAGGUGGGAGUGUCCACCCCCGUGUAGAGGCAGGCCAGCUGGCGGGUGCUGUGUGCAGGAGCAGGUUGAGGGCCCCUCCCCUGCCCCUGUGCCCUGCCCUGGCCAGAACCUAGGACCCUGCAGGACUCUCUGUACCACCAGCUGGCUAGCCUUGGCUGUGGGAAGGGGUCCUCAGCCUGGCACCCUUGGCCCCACACCUUGGUAAUCUACUGCCCCGCCUCCGUCCAGGGCCCUAGCGAGGACCUCUCCCUCCUCUUCCGGCGGGCGUCACAUAGGGAAGAGGCACCAAAAGCCGUGGGCUGGAGACUUGAGCUCCCUGGUUCUAACUGUGGGCAAGUCCCUGGCCAUCACCUGGUUAUAGUUCUUCUGACCAUGAAGUGGGGAGAGAGAGGUGUCUUGGGACCCAGGGCUUCUCUGGUUCCUUGCAGGUUCUGGCCUGGGUGGUGUGCGGGGAGAGCUUGACUCCUUGCCACCCCUUCCAUUAGUAGCUUUAUCUGUGGCCCCAUUUUUGCAGCUUCCAGGGCCUGUGCCUUCAGGCCCCCAUGGGGCUGCCCAUCCCUGGCUCUGCCUACAGAAGGGGCUUAAUGCAUGUAUCUGCCCCCCUCCCUGCUGUUUUUAUUGAAAUUGGAACCACAGUCUUGACCUGGGCAAGGCUGUGAUACAGGGUGCCAGCCUGCAUAGUCACCCCAAGAUCUCAGGAGUGUUCAGGGAGGGGGUGUGUGCGGGGCUGGAGAGGCCCCUCUGGCCUCAAGUCGUUUCUGUGUCUCUGUGGUGUUGGUGUCUAUCCCCCAGCUGGGCAGUGCAGGCGACUGCCCAGCCCGGCUCCAUGUCCACUGUAGCCCAGUGACCUGGUUAUUUAUAUGGGGCCGUGCAGGCAUGGGCCCCACUGCCAUCCCCAUUUCUCUUAUUUAUUGAAAAUUUGCUGUUGUCCUGUCCUUGUCUACAUUCCCAUCCAUUUAUUGGAUAAUAAAAGGUGGGAAAGUGGUGUCA